CCGGCAUGGCGGGGCCGCGGGGGCGCCGGCCGGCGGGGCGCUCCGCCCGGGCUGGCGGCGGCGGGGGCAGGUGCUGCUGGGCGCUGCCCACCGGGCUGCUCUGCGCUUACGGCUUCUUCUGCAGCGUGCGGCCCUCGGAGCCCUUCCUCACCCGGUACCUGCUGGGGCCGCACAAAAACCUCUCCGAGACCCAGGUGUUCAACGAGAUUUACCCCGUGUGGACUUACUCCUACCUGGCACUGCUGUUCCCGGUGUUCCUGGCCACAGACUACCUGCGGUACAAGCCCGUGAUCCUGCUGCAGGGCCUGAGCCUCAUCGUCACCUGGUUCAUGCUGCUGUACGCCCAGGGGCUCUGGGCCGUCCAGGUCCUCGAGGUCUUCUACGGGAUGGGGACCGCCACCGACAUCGCGUAUUACUCCUACAUCUACAGCGUCGUUGAUGUCAACCUGUACCAGCAGGUCACCAGCUACUGCCGGAGCGCCACCCUGGUGGGCUACACGGUGGGCUCGGUGUCCGGGCAGGUCCUUGUGUCGGUGGCAGGAUGGUCCCUCUUCAGCUUGAACGUUAUCUCCUUAACCAGCAUAUCCAUUGCCUUCGGCACAGCCUGGUUCCUGCCAAUGCCACAAAAAAGCUUCUUCUUUCACCACGUCUCGAGUCAGCAGCUCAGUUGGGAAAUGAAGGUCAUGGACUGUAAAAAUGGGUCGGCUGUCCAAGAUCAUCCCAAUGUGCAGAGGACACCUGGCUGGGAAGAUGAGACAAAAGUUCCCUUAAACGAGGAGGGUCAUUCAGCAGAGAAACAGUCUAUGCAGGAGCAGAAAGUAGACAUCGUAAAGGUGCUCAAAGAUCUCUGGCAGGACUUCCUACAGUGCUACUCCUCCCAGACCAUGCUCUGCUGGUCCGUGUGGUGGGCACUGUCCACCUGUGGCUACUUUCAGGUCAUCAACUACGCUCAGGGCCUGUGGGAGAUGGUGCUGCCUUCUCAUAGUACGGAGAUCUACAAUGGUGCCGUGGAGGCAGCCUCGACACUGCUAGGAGCUGUUGCAGUGUUUGUUGUGGGUCACAUAAAAACAUCCUGGGCAAUGUGGGGUGAAGUGGCACUUGCUCUGUUCUCCUUUCUUAUCGCUGCUGCUGUAUAUAUCAUGGACACUGUUCGUAACAUCUGGGUGUGCUAUGCAUCCUAUGUUGUCUUCAGAAUUAUCUACAUGCUGCUAAUCACGAUAGCAACGUUCCAGAUCGCUGCAAAUCUCAGUGUGGAACGGUACGCCCUGGUGUUUGGGGUCAAUACUUUUAUUGCCUUGGCACUUCAGACUCUGCUCACUUUGAUUGUUGUGGAUGCCAGUGGGCUUGGGUUGGACAUCUUCACCCAGUUCAUGAUUUAUGCAUCUUACUUUGCGGCCAUCUCACUGGUGUUCUUGGGCAGUGGCAUAUACAGUAUUAUAAGAGCUUACAGAAGACAAGAGCAGAUGCAAAGCAGAUCUCCUGAAAGCCAGUAGUGCACCAAGUGAAGACUCUUGGUGGCUGCAUAUGAAGAUAUAGGUCUGUUUUUUAAUCUCUGCCUUUUCUUCCCAAGGCAGUCACCUUAAUGGUUAUUUGAUCCAUAUUUAUACUAUAUUAGCAGCACAUUUUAGAAGGUAAAUGUAUUAGCUCUUACGUAAGUAAGAACAAAUACCUUCUUUCUAAAAUGCCUUUUGUUCUUCUGUUGCAUAUAUGGGAUGUGCAGCAAAGAACAGUAAGUUUUCUCAAAAAAAGCCUUGGGAGGUUUUAGUCUAAGGCUGUGCAUCUGGAGGCUGCCAUUGAAAAGGCAGUUUCAUGAUUGUCUACUCAACUGCUACUCUCUCUGUCACCGAGGUGCUGCUGCAGGGCAGAAGUGAGGGCACACUGAUAGACCUCUCUGUGGCUCAGGAGGUGGCCUUGGGCCUGUGCUCUGCAGUGUGACUCUCGCUGUGGCCGCCCCGUGAUGCUGGAUGCUCCAUUUUGAGGACUAGUGCGCUUAUGUUUCUGCACAUGCACGUACUUCCUUGAAUUGCUUGUACAGUUUCUGCUGUUCCUGUCUGUCACCCCUGCUGCCAGAGUUUUACCAUAGCGGAUCAUGGUGCUUCCCCAAAACCUUACCUGUGUCCUGGGGCAACCUGUGACACUGGUGAAUUGGCUAUCAGCAGUGCUACUUCUGCCGUGAAGGCCUGUGGCCAAGGGACUGUAAAGGUGGAGGGGAAACUUAAGUAGACAAAAUGCUAAUCCAAAGGACCCUUGGACAUCUUUGCCUUUGUCCUUCAGGACUGCAGAUUCCUGUGAUUACAGGAGUCACUGCCUCACAACCCUGGGGGCUGGGCUAUUUCAGUGGGAUGGUGGAUGUUAGUAUAGCACUGAGAAGAAAGGUGACUUGCAGGAUUUUUAAGCUAUCCUUUGUGACCUUGGAGAAUCGUGACUCUGGUGACUAAAUGGGUACUUUCAGUUAUGGUAGUUAGCAGGAUGACUGCCUGAGGCUUUGAAAAAUCCUGAUUUCUGGUCUGUCAGUUUUUCCCCUUAUUUUAAAAUGCCUUUAUGCUUCUGGUGGGUCUCUGUCCACUAGUUCUACCUCUUUUUUUUCACCUAAGCAGAACAAUGAAUGUUUGGAGUGGGCAGUUCUUUUAUUUUGUCAAGUCUAAGCAAUUUGGGACUUGCCUUAUACCUGGUUUUUAAAAAUAAUUUAUUUUUUUCCAAAUUGCUUCAGCACUGGGAAGGAGUUGCACAGAGUUGUCCUGGGCUUGGGCACGUGGAUAUUCAUGCACCAUGACCGGCACAGGAACUACAGAUACCUGUAGUAUACUGUGGAGAUGGCCUAUGGACUGUCCUUGUUGCUGUGCAGGUUGUGGUGAAUUUAAGUGUACAGGAGAACUGGCAAGGGAGAAGAUGCAAUGCAGCUUGCUUCCUUCCAUGCCUUCUCUCUCUCUGCUGGUUAGAGAGUCUUCCAGUCACAGCCUGAAGAAGCAGCUUUGGUUCAUUGCUUGCUUUUAGUGCCAUGGAGACUUCACAGCAUCGGGGUUGGGAAGGCGUCUCUGCCUUGGCUGGGACAGGUAUGGCCUUUCUCAUCAGUUCUGAGAGCCUCAGCCUUUACCAUGCAAGGUGAAUGAUUAAUGUGUUUGGGAUGUGCAGUCUGGGGAGGCCUUCCAGGCUGGCUGCUCACGGGAACCCACUCCCCAAAGCUUCUCUGUAUUUGCAGCCUCCUUCCUAAAACAACCCCCUUAAGAGGGGCUCAGCUGUACUGGCAUUUACACAUGUAAACUUAACUGCCUUAUCCUGAAAUGGAAACUUGAAACCACCAUGUAUAUAUUCCUUUCUUUACUGUUUUUUUGUUUUUAAAAAAAUAAAAUUUGAAGCCAUGAAAUGCUAGCUGACGAGCUGUCCUGGGAAAGGGAGGGCAAGUGCAUAUCCUGUCCUUGAGUUCCUUGGUCUGAUGGCCGUUGCAGCAAGGCAUGAGGAGUGGAUGUACAGCACUCAUGUCAAGUGACUGAAAGAAGCAGCUCAGUUUUAAUCACAUUUAUCAUACAGAGAACAACCCAGUUAUUUAAAGGCAAGUCAAAAAUUAAAGAAUUACAGCAAUAACAAUGAUUUUUCUACCAAAGUAAUGAAACUGUGGCAACUGCAAUAGAGAGGCAUGCUACACUGCGUACAUCUUCAGGGCUGUUAAUGUAUGGAAGCCACACCUGGAUGUUGUUCAGGUUCCUACACUGUGCCGUUGCUGUGGUGAUGAGGUGACUAUAGAGCCUGACUGGAGCUGUAUGCAGAGUUACUGAUGCCUAUGAAAUUCUGUAAUCAUGUUGACAUUGUUGGUUUCUAAUUGAAUAGCUAUUUUCGUUAAAUAAAAAUACUCCAAGAUA